AUGUUUAUACUUACUCUAAUAUUCUUUUUAGAAUGCUGGGAAAGUGAUCCUGAUAAUCGCCCUGCAAUGAAUCAAGUAGUUGAUAGAUUAAAAGCAAUAAUGAGAACAGAAGAUAAUUCAUCACGUGUAGAACCAUCGCAUUUUUAUCCGAGUUCAAUGGAAAAGUCUGAUAAUAUCUUAAGCAGUACAAAGAGAUCGUACAUUUCUAAAAAGAAUGAUAAAGAUUUAAAUGUCUUUUCUGCUCCCAUGGAUUAUAGAGCAGAUCUGAACAGUAUCGUAGCAGGAUUAAUAGCGCUAUUGAUUAAGGCAAUAAAUGAAGGAAAAUCUCGUGAACAACUUCCUUCAAUUCUACAAAAUUAUUUGUCAUCACACAACUUCACUAUUGAAAAGGUUUAUAAAUGGUUGUACGAAAAUAAUAUGAAUAGUUUAGACUACAUAUUUUUUAUGGGAUAUUUAAAUUUUUCAGGAUUUGGUACAAAUUUGAAUUUUAAUGAAGCAUUUAAUUAUUUUCUUCAAGCUUCUUCAGGAAAGCAUCCUAUUUCUCGAUAUUUUUUAGGAAUUUGUUAUGAAUUUGGAUAUGGUACAACUAUUGAUAAACGGUCAGCAGUUUCAAUGUAUGAAGAGUGCGUUAAAAUAGGUCAAUAUACCGUGAGUAAAUUUGCAUUAGGGGUUUGUUAUGAAAAUGGUAUUGGAAUUAAAAAAGAUGAAGGAAUAGCUUCUUUUUAUUAUAUUGAUGCAGCGAAUAAUGGUCAUUCCAUUGCACAAUAUCGCAUUGGAAAUUUUUAUUCGCUAGGAAUUCAUGUAGAAAAGAAUCCCGAUCUAGCCUUCUAUUAUUAUAGCCUUAGUGCAAAAGGAGAUUAUUCUUUUGGUAUAAAUAUGUUGGGUUAUUGCUAUUUAAAGGGUAUAGGAACUUCCAUUGAUAAAAAGAAAUCUUUUGACUUGUUUUUAAAGGCCGCAAAUUUGGAUUGUAAUAUUGCUCAAUAUAAUAUCGCUGUUUGUUUUGAUGAUGGCAUCGGUACAAUAAAAAAUUUUGAUAAAGCUUUACUAUGGUACACAAAAUCUGCUGAUAAUGGUUGCGAUAAAGCCAACAAAAGAUUGGAAAAUAUAUCUGAAGAUUUAAUUUUUGAAUAUGGAAAAAAGAAAGCUGCAGUUGACACUGAUACCGGUAAAAAAGAAGAUUCGGUAACCGAACAUAAAAUAAUACAACAGUGGAAAUUGAAUCACGGUUUAUUUUGCGAUGGAACUAGCAUACAACCAAGUAAAAUGGCUGUUUUAGUUGAUGACGGCGAUUUGUCUAUAAAUUUAUAUAAAGGUGAACCUAUAGUUUUUGUUAAUAUAAACGACUCUUAUUUACCUACAAGUCCACUUACUUUGGAGAAUCAUAACGUUGAGGUUUAUUCGGAUGUAUGUAUUAAUUUUCCAGUCGUUGAAAUCACUUAUAGAGCUGAUCGAUUGGAAUCUUUUUCAAAACUUACGGAUGACGAAUCAUAUGGGCAUUUUAUUGCAAAAACGUUUUUAGCCGGUGGACAGUUACUUAUCAAAAAUUUCGACUUAGGUACUCCAACACAAAGAGACAUUUUGAAAUUUUAUAUAAGCUGGGCAUAUAAUAUGGCUAGAAAUAAUAAUGAAACUCCGUUUAAUAAAAAUUCGUUUGACUUUAGUAAUUUACCAAGAUUAGAAACUUCAAAAGGAGUGAUAUUAAAUACUCUUCAAAAAUUAUCAAAUUGGCUGAGGAAAUUAUAUCUGUAUAACAUAAUUAAUAUUAUUUCUUAUGUUGACCUUGUUUCUAUAAAAGAUGAAAUAGCAACAUCAGAUAAGCACCUUGGAAUUGUCAAUUUUAAAGAGAAAUUUUGUUUGGACAAGUGGGUUGGAAUUACGGCAUAUGGUAAAUUAGCAAGAUGGAUUAAAGAUUUUCGCCUAUUUCAAGGUCUUGCUAUCAAUAAAUCUAAUGAAAUAGAAAGUAGUAAGAAAUUUGCUAUUAAAUUCACUGAUGUUCCCAAAGUAAAUUUAAGAGAUGAAUCUUAUUUUGAACUAAUAAAUCCAACAACAAAACUGGAAGAAAUUUUAAUAUCAAAUAACAUUUUCUCAAUUAAAAAUAUUAGAAACUUUCCAUUUAAUAAACAUGAUGAUUUUAUUGACAAGGAAUAUAUUCGUUUAAUAGUUAAAUAUGAAAAAUACGAGAUUUCGAUAAGAAGAGAUCAGAUAAAACCUUCGGAAGAAUUUAAUGAUGCCAUAGAAAAAGCACUUAAAAAUAUGAAACCAUUUAAUGCCUUACAAGAUGUUUUUAAUGAAUAUGGGCAUUUAUUCCCAUUAAAAAUUAUCUUGGGGAAAACUCUUAAAUAUAUAUCAUCUACAAAUUGCUUUGGUACGUUUGAAAGGAUUAAUUUAAAAUUACCGAUCAAUUCCUUGCAAACAUAUCUGAAUAAUUUAAAAAUCACAUGCCUCACAACGCAUAAAGGCGAUGUUAUUGAAGAUUAUGAUCAGUUUCAAAAUGCAAAUAAUGAUUUGGAAAUUGUUGAAUAUGAUGAGAUCAUUUCUUUGUACGAUGUUCUCGACGCAGAACAAAAGAAGAAUAUUGAUUUUAUAUAUGAUAAUAACUUGAAAAUUAUAAUGACUGGGAUAAAUGAUCUUAAAGAUUUGGAUAUAAAUAAUAUUGAGCAUUAUAAACGAAUAAAUAUAGAAACAUCAUUAGAAGAUGAAGAUUAUGAAGUAUUUGGAUCAAUUAUUACUAAAGAUAAUUUUAAGUCAGAAGAUUUUUUUGCAAGAUUUAGGUUGCUCGAUGUUAAUGGAUUUUCUGCAAUGAUAAAACCUUUACGAAAAUCUGAGGUCGAUAUCAGAACGUGUCACAUUUUAUGGAUGAUAGUUGGAAAUCCUUUGAAAUUGUCGGUUUGUAGUCCUAAUUAUCGAGAGAUUAAAGUAGAUUGCAUUGAAAGAUCUAUUGAAUUAAACGUUAAUGAUUCAAACUAUACCAUUAAAGCACUUCCUUUAUCCAGAGGGGAUACCAUUCUUAUUGAUACAUACUAUCCUUCAACAAAUUAUGAGCCACAUAGUAUUUUUAAGUUAGUUGAGUGGGAAAAUGAAGCUAUUAAUUUUCAAUUAAUCAAAUCAACUUAUAAUGAGUCGAGUUUAGAUAGUUUCGAAGUUCAACCUGAUGAAAAUAACGAUUCUUUAACUAACAUAAAGAAUUCCGUAAACAUAGACAUACAUGUCAUUAUACUUCAUUCGGAUUAUGUCAGUUUAAUGAUCGAUAAUCAUGAAAAAAAAUAUGAUUUGGACUUAUUUGGAUAUAUUUUGACUAAUGAAAAUUUGAAUAAGAAAUGUCACGAACUUGACAAAUUUGAUAGCAUUCAAAGUAUCAUUAAAUCAUCUUUCAUAAAUGUUGAUGUUGAGUCAGAUAUUGAGGAUUUAUCUCAGAGCCGUGGUGAUGUAAGGAAAUUUCCCUCAGAAGUAAUUAAAACUAAUGAUAAUGAUAGAGAACUUACAAAACCAAUGUCUAAAUCAAAACCAUUAAUCCGCAAAGUAAUAGCACCAUUUGCCAGUUUUUUACCGCUUAUUACAGAUGUAGCCAGAGUAUUUAACGAAAUUAUAGAACUAUAUCAUUCAGCUGAACAUAAUCAAAAAAUAUGUGGAAUCUUGUUAGAUAGAGUUCAAGUAGCUGAUACAUCCGUAAGAAAUUUAAAAAAUCGUAGAGCUGAAAAUGUAGAAUUCUUUUCUGUAACUAAUCUUUAUAAUUUACAAAAGCUAGUUAAUGUUAUUGAUAAAAUUCGCAAAUUGGUUGAAGAAAUUUCCCAAAUAAAAAGGUUAUCCAAGUAUAUUCAUGCUCAAAGUAUUGAAAAACGUGUUAAAGAGUUAAUCAAUGAGUUUGAUUCUACUAUUCAACUUUUGCCAUUUUCUUUGACGGUUGACUUUAGCAAACGUGCUGAUAAUGUUAAUCAAGAUAUAAAAUCCGAUAUCGAAGAUUUAUCUCAGUACCUUGAAAAUAUUGGCAGCGGUAUAACUGACAAUAAUCAAAAUGUUUCGGACAUGGUAGUGCAAAUUAAUGCACUCAAUAAUACAGUUAAUAAUAUGGUACAUCAAUCAGAUGUAUUCCAAAAAGGAGAACCUUCAGAUGAUAAAAAUGUAAGAAAAUUUAAGAGAAGAAAACAUGGAAUGAAUGUUUUUGUUGCAUUAAAGUUGGUAGCUGAUAAGAAUAGCAAGGAAGAAGACAUAUCUAGCCUUAAAAGUCAAGUCACAAUUUUAAAAAAAUUGAAAGAAUGUAAUUAUAUCAUUCAAUUCCAUGGCUUGACUUCAUAUGCAGAUAAAUUUUAUUUGGUGACAGAAUGGGCUGAAUUUGGAAAUUUACGUGAAUAUUAUCAAAAAUAUGGUCCAUUAGAAGUUCAGCUGAAAUUGACAUUUGCUCUUGACAUUUCUAGAGGCUUAAAUUUUUUGAGCGCCGUUUCGAUCGUUCAUCGUGAUAUAAGAGCAGAGAAUAUCCUAAUUACCGAUCAUCAAACUGCCAAAAUUGCAAAUUUUAAAUCAAGCCGAACAGUAUUCGAUAGAACUCAAAAUCAAAAAGCAACACUCGAAGCUAUACGAUAUUGUGCCCCAGAAAAAUUAUCCAAUGGAAAAUAUAAAUAUGAUACCAAGUGUGAAGUUUACAGUUUUGGUAUACUUCUUUGGGAAAUUGCCGAAGAAAGAAUACCUUAUGAGAGAUUUGGGGAGGACAUUAUUGCAAUACAAGAACAAGUUUGCAUCAAAAACUAUCGUGAACCAUUUUCUCAUAGUUCUCUUUUACCAAUUGAAUACCAGGAACUCUCAAUCAAUGCUGUUCAUCACGAUCAUAAAUUUCGACCUCAAUUUUCAAAGAUUUUUACCAUGCUACAAGAUCUUAAAAAUAAAGGUUGUCGAUCACCUCCUGUGCCAAAACAUCUAGAUACUUCCGACUCUCUUAAAUUAUCAGAUGAUGAAGUAAAAGAAAUUAUGAGUAUACCUAAUUUUGCAGAUUUUGAUUACAUGACAGUAGAUGAAGCAGCGAAACAACACAAACUUCCUGAUGGUAACCGCGAAUCGGCUUAUAAAUGUUUUGAAGCAUAUGCUGAUUUAGGUGAUGUGAAAGCAAAAUAUAUGAAAGCAUAUUAUAUUCAACAAAAAUUGGUUAGACUUGAUAUUGACCAAGCAGAUAAAGAUAAAUUAGUUGCAGAAUUAUAUAAAGAAGCCGCGGAUUCAGGCGAUGAAUUUCCUGAAGCUCUAUUACGUUAUGGUAGCUGUUUAUAUAGAGGUGUAGGAGUUCAAAGGGAUUUAAAAGAAUCUGCCUUAUAUUUUACCAAGGCCGCUGAAAAUGGCCAAGCUGUUGGUAUGUAUAAUGCCGCUAGUUUAUAUAUCUCUGGUGGAUCUGGUAAACUAGAUAAAGAUUUAGGUGAAAAAUAUAUGAGAUUAGCUGCUUAUAAACAAAAUAAGCAAGCUAUUGACUAUUGCAAGAAACAUGGUUUGCCUUUAUAG